CUGCGCAGUGGAGUGGCCCUGGGGGCGGGGCGCGGCGCCUGUCAGCUGACUGUGGCGGCGGCGGCCUCGAGGUGACAACUGUGUCCGUCGCAGGCUCCGGCAGGGGCGCAGGAGGUCGCCCGGCGCGUCACUCUCGGGUCGGCGAGCCGCGGGGGCCGCCGCAGCACCAUGGCGACCACCGUCAGCACUCAGCGCGGGCCGGUGUACAUCGGCGAGCUCCCGCAGGACUUCCUCCGCAUCACGCCCACACAACAGCAGCGGCAGGUCCAGCUGGACGCGCAGGCGGCCCAGCAGCUGCAGUACGGAGGCGCCGUGGGCACCGUGGGCCGACUGAACAUCACUGUGGUUCAGGCAAAGUUGGCCAAGAAUUACGGCAUGACCCGCAUGGACCCCUACUGCCGACUGCGCCUGGGCUACGCGGUGUAUGAGACGCCCACGGCACACAAUGGCGCCAAGAAUCCCCGCUGGAAUAAGGUCAUCCACUGCACGGUGCCCCCAGGCGUGGACUCGUUCUAUCUCGAAAUCUUCGAUGAGAGAGCCUUCUCCAUGGACGACCGCAUCGCAUGGACCCACAUCACCAUCCCCGAGUCCCUGAGGCAAGGCAAGGUGGAGGACAAGUGGUACAGCCUGAGCGGGAGGCAGGGGGACGACAAGGAGGGCAUGAUCAACCUCGUCAUGUCCUACGCGCUGCUGCCAGCUGCCAUGGUGAUGCCACCCCAGCCUGUGGUCCUGAUGCCGACGGUGUACCAGCAGGGCGUCGGCUACGUGCCCAUCACAGGGAUGCCCGCCGUCUGCAGCCCCGGCAUGGUGCCCGUGGCCCUGCCCCCGGCCGCCGUGAACGCCCAGCCCCGCUGUAGCGAGGAGGACCUGAAAGCCAUCCAGGACAUGUUCCCCAACAUGGACCAGGAGGUGAUCCGCUCGGUGCUGGAAGCCCAGCGAGGGAACAAGGACGCCGCCAUCAACUCCCUGCUGCAGAUGGGGGAGGAGCCGUAGAGCCUCCGCCCUCGCUGCCGUGUCACCCCAGCUCUUCGGACACGCCAACCGGGCGCUCCCCAAGGAAUGCUGUCCCAACAAGAUCCCCGUGACACGGCCCCUGUCGCCCCUCCCGUGGACGUCUGGGCUGCCCCGCCCGCGCCUGCUCUGGGUGCAUGGGGAUUUUCGUUCCUGGCGGCCCAGGACGGGGCGGUGCUCCCUUCGCCUCUUGUGCUGGGAGGUCUCGGCGCAUUCUUCUGUCCCCAGGACGUGCGUCUCCCCUUCUCAUGCUGUUCUGGAAAAUGUUCUUGCUGUAGAGAGCAGCUGCUUCUGCCAGGGUGUUGGAGGUGGUGGAGCGCCUUCUGAUUCCAUUCAUGGCAUUUUGUGAUGUGACGUCAUUGGAAUAGAGCUGUUGAUUAAGGCACACACGAUCCCUCACACUGAUUUGUGGGUUUUUUUAGAACUUCCCAGCCGAAAACUCACGUCCUUGCCCUAACGCGCUUUGCUGUGAGCCUGGCCCCUGCCCAGGGCUUGGGUCUGGUGAGCGGGCAGCUUCCUGUGGAUGGCGUGGGGCCGGCCUCUGGCCUGGCUCACCUGGCCACUGUCCAGCCAGCCUUGUGACAGACUCCAGCCUGAAGGCAGGAUGCACCCACACCUGGCAUGAGGAGGGGAGCCUGGCACGGUUGGCCGGGCUCUGCCUGAUUGCCAGCCAGCGGGCAUCUGAAGCCGGGUCCUUCACCCGCAGGAGGCUGUCGUCCGUCCUGCUGCUCACGCCAGCUCCGUGGGUGUCCUCCCAGGGGGCUUCUCUUCUCAACAGGCCUUGCAAGGCUGGGGUGGGAGGUGAUAGAGGCGGCACGUGCAUGAUCCUGAGAGGGUGUUGCGGCACUGCCAGCCGACUGCUGACGACAGCUUGGGCAGCUGCUGUGCCUGGGACCUAGGUUCAGCGUGGGUGAGGGAAGCCUGGCAAACGUGGCCGUGUAAAAGCUUUCUGAGGCGGGAGGCACGCCUCACCUCUGCCUGCCUGGGCACCGCGUGUAGCAUCUUGGUUUGCAGGACAGAUUUUAGGUGACACCUGGUUAUGAAAGUCAGGAAUUUGAGAAACUUCUCACAAGUGAUGCACUUUACGUAAUCCGCAUGCCAUCGAGACGCUUGUGUGCGCACCCGCAUGUCUGCUGUUUGUGGUUCAAGUGUCUGCCCCCAGCCUUCGGACGGAAACCCACUGAUACGGACAGAAAGAGAAGGCCUACAAGUGGGUCUUCUAUGGAAGAUGCAGAAGGAGGAAGUUAGUGCUUACAUUUUAGUCUUUUUCUCCCUGGAAAAAAUAAGUUUCAGUGUCAGCUAGAAAAUACUGCUUUCCGCCACCGACUGGGGGUGGUUUUUGUCAAAUAUACUGUUGAUAAAUAUUUAUUUUUGUAAACUUGAAGUGUGUGGUGGCCGUGGGGGAGGGACAUGGUGGCAACAGGCGCCUUCUUCAGCUGUGGGUCCUAAAGGCCUUUGAUCGUGUGAAGAAGAAAGACAUGGUGUUUGCUUAGCAGAUGCCGACCACUCAGAGGGCCCUGGGAUUCCGCCUCAGAUGGCCUGGUCUUACGUCUUCUCCAUUGGGAAUGAAGGUGUCAGGUGGGACUGGAACGUUCUAGAUGAUAAUGUUCUGUGACAUUAAUAACUCUUCGGGACGGACCGCAGGCCACACUUGGAGGCCUCACUGUGCUGGGGGCUUCGGCGUCCAGGCGCCCAGGUGUGGCCACCAGCACCGGUUUCUGCCUUCGCAUUGCUGGGGUGCAGUGAGACUGCCACACCAUGCACGUGUGGCUCUGUGGGUGUCUCCUGGAGAGGACGUGGCCCCUGCUGCCAGCUCCUGAGCAGCCCGUGUCGGGGCCGGAGGGAGCCGCACAGUGGGGGCCGCCUCGCUGGAGGGAAAGCAACCCUCCGCCAAUGACGAGUGGGGGCCGGAGGUAGCCUCACAGUGGGGGCCACCUCGCUGGAGGGAGAAUAACCCUUCGCCAAUGACGAGUGGGGGCCCGAGGGAGCCACACGGUGGGGGCCGCCUCGCUGGAGGGAGAGCAACCCUUUGCUGAUGACCACGCUUGCUGCCAUCUCUUAGUUUUCUUUUUCACGAACGCUUUAUUUUUUUAAUAGAUAAAUCACAUUUUGUAAGUCCUUUAAUAAGAUUUUUCUUUCCUGCAUUUUGUGCUUUAUUUUCUGCUUGAAGGCUUACUGUAGAAGCAGCUUGCUGAGCCCCUCCAAGCGGUCCCAGAAUUAGCUGGUUCACGCCCCCCACCCGCCCCCGUCCCUGCCUGUCAGGUGUGGAUGAGGUCGUCGCACUCAGAAGGACAGGCUUGUUUGCCAGCUCAUAAGGGCAGGCUGCAGCGGGUUUGGGAGCUGGGCUUAGGCCCCUGGUGUCUGAGGGCCCGGGCCUUGCCAGGCCUCUGCCGCUCCUGCUCCUGGGUUUGAAGAUGCCAAUUGCCAGCUCUGUGGCAGCAGUCACUAAGGACAGCCUGACUGUGCCAUCUCGGAGCCUCGGGCAGGGCUCCGGAGACAGAAGACAGGUCGCCGGAGGCUCCCUGCUCCUUUCUACUCUGCAGAUGCUCUCCACUCUGCAGAUGCUCUCCACUCUGCAGGCGCUGCCCUGCAGGGUGUCAGCGGGUGGGGUCUCAGAACAUGUGCUUCUGAUUAUUUUACUGGGGUCCAUUGUCCAGAUUUUUCUUUGAUUGUAAAAUAUAUUUUUACUUUUUAGCCUCCUAAUUUAAUAAAUGAUCCAUAUGAAAAUAGACAAAUAAAGUUCUUUAAGGGCAGGUUUA